UGAAGCACAAGAGAUGAAGGGAAGAGUUUUCUUGUAUCUCCUGAAAAACAAAAAUCUCUUCCAGGGUUAAGGUUUUCAGUUGGCUAAUUAAUCAGAUCACCUCUCCAUUAUCAACCCAAAUCUUGAAUUGAAUGCCUUUGCUUGUUUUGAGACUGAUUUUUCCCAAGUCUCAAACAAGCCUAUUCAUUAAUUUAUCUCUGUGAUAUUUGUUAGAUUCAAGAUUUUUUAUGGUUGUUGAUUUUGUGGAGGUGGCAAGAUGAAGUGCUUUCAAUGUUGCAUGUCAGAACAGAAUGUCAGCAGAAGAGCAUUGAAGAAAAGCAUCAAAGAAUAUCAAGAUACAAAAACUUUAGCCGCAUUUGCUAGCAUAUCCUUCAAAAGCGGUAAAUUUUAUAGCAGCAGAAGAAGGUACAUAACAGAAGAAAUAAAGAAAAUUGGAAAAGGCAAUAUAUCUGCUGAUAUUUUCACAUACGGUGAAUUAAAUGUAGCAACUAAAAACUUCAACCCUGCUAAUCUGCUAGGAGAAGGUGGUUUUGGAAGGGUGUACAAAGGGCAGCUUGAAAAAACUAACAAAGUUGUAGCUGUCAAGCAACUUGACCGAAAUGGAUUUCAGGGCAAUAGAGAAUUCCUAGUUGAGGUUUUGAUGUUAAGUCUUCUUCACCAUCCUAAUCUUGUGAAUCUAGUUGGAUACUGUGCUGAUGGUGACCAAAGAAUUUUAGUAUAUGAUUAUAUGCCUAAUGGCUCUCUUGAGGAUCACCUUCUUGAUUUACCAAAAGGUAAAAAGCCUUUGGAUUGGAAAACCAGGAUGAAAAUUGCAGAAGGUGCAGCAAAAGGACUUGAAUACUUGCAUGAAACAGCUAACCCUCCAGUAAUAUACCGUGAUUUUAAAGCAUCAAAUGUUUUAUUAGAUGAGGGAUUCAAACCAAAGCUUUCAGAUUUUGGGCUAGCAAAGCUUGGUCCAACUGGGGAUAAGACUCAUGUUUCCACUAGAGUUAUGGGAACUUUUGGUUAUUGUGCUCCUGAAUAUGCAUUGACAGGCCAAUUGACAGCAAAAUCUGAUGUAUACAGUUUCGGAGUUGUAUUUUUGGAGAUAAUCACAGGAAGAAGAGUUAUUGACAAUUCAAGACCAUUAGAAGAGCAGAAUCUAGUUGUUUGGGCAACACCAUUAUUUAAAGACAGAAGAAAAUUCACAUUAAUGGCAGACCCAUUAUUAGAAGGGGAUUAUCCUGAGAAGGGUCUUUAUCAAGCACUUGCAGUUGCAGCAAUGUGCCUUCAAGAAGAUGCUGUUAAUAGGCCAUUAAUGAGUGAUGUUGUAACAGCACUUGAAUACUUAGCACUAAAGAAAGAAAAGGAGUAAGAUCAAGAUAUGAAAAUGGAAGAUGGCAAUGUAGAUGAAGAUUCUCCUAAUAUAGAUAGAAACCGAGAUCAAAACAAACCAAAUAGACCAGAUGAUUGAUUUGAUAGGGAUAGGAAAUGGAAACAAGUGUUAAUGAGAUUUGCUUAUAAAAAAAUUUUCACCAUUACUCAAAAAACUUCUUUUUCUUCUUUUUCAACCUUUCCAUGUGAUUAUUUUUCCUUCCCACAUAUUGGUUUUGGUUUGCAAAGAACUUCCCUUCAUAAUAACAUGCUUGUCCUGCUGCUA